UCAUUUUUCAAACUGUAAAUAAUAAAAAUUAUUAAAUCAAAAAUGUCUAGUAAAAUAGAUGAAAACCUGGUUCUUUUCAAUAAUAAGUGUGCUAAACUGGAUUUGCCACCAGAAAACUAUCCAGAUCCUCAAUAUUUACGCAAAAUAUUUCGUCAAAAUUUAUCAUUUUUUGAGCUGUUUAUUCAGAAAGUAGACACUAAAUAUGCUAUAGAGAAGAUCCGAAAGAACAUCCUUGUUGCUCACAUGACAAAUUCAGUCAAAGAGAAAAAUGUCAUUCAACAAACUCAUUUAGUUCCAGCUGAAUUCAAAAAAUACGUCAAGUAUAUGAAUUUAAAAGAGAAGAUUAAAGGUUUGAAGGAACGACAGCACUUCCAGAAGCACGAGGAAAAUAUUAAGGUGGAAACAACACAGAGAAAUGAUAUUAAAAUAAUUAAAUUGAAGGAAAAUACUCGUCUGACUAAAAUUAAGACAGACUUACUGCAAGCAAAGUCUUUAAACAUCAAUAAGAAGAUUGAAGAGGAACUAGAAUGGCAAAAAAAGAUUAAGGAUGUCACACCAGCAAAAUUCUCCAGUUCAGAUAACAUUGAUGAUUUUUAUAGGAACAUCCUUAAAUGUAUAGAUACUCUCAGAGAAUACUCAACGGAAUCAAAUAAUGUCGAUAAUAAUUCAACAAAAGACAAGUUCUGGAAGAAAGUUGAAUCGUUCCUUAAAAAAGUUCCCAACAACAUCAUCUUUCAAAUUGCUAUGAAGCAAAUUAAUUCAAAAAUUGAAGAUUCCAUUCUUUCAACAAUAUCCAGUACUUCCGAUGAACAGCAGGCAAAAAUAUCUGAGAAACUCUUACCGUACUUAUAUGAGCAAAAGAUUAUACUUGGAAUAGAAUAUUUAGCACAAAAGAAGAGACUUGAAAACAGUAAGGAACGUUGUGCUGAACACAUUCAAGCAUUUGAGAAUGAAGUCGAGAGUUUGAUGAAUUCCAGCAUAGAUUUUUCAUUUCAAUUGGAAGAAGACGAUAUCGUUAGUGAAUUUGUAUCAGAACUAAUCGCAAAGGUAAAUCUAGAAGGCAAAAUUCAGUUCUACACAAAUAAUAUAAGCUCAAUGAAGCAACAAGUUGAGGCCAACACUUGUAUUUAUGAGUAUGAGCAACUGGUGAAUGACACAAGAAGCAUUUAUAGUUUUAUUGAUGAAAAAAUAACAGCCGUACAAGAACACGUCGCUCAAGUUCAUCAAAUCAACGAAAAAAUCAAUUUCAGUAAAAUUGUUAUUAACAGAAUGAUUCAGACAAUGAAAUUGCAAAAGGCACAACAGCACAAUAGAAGUUUAUUGAAUCAGACAUUAAAUAAUACUGUGAUAGCAGUUAAUAAGGAGACGGAAGUGAGCUUGCCAAAACACGAAUAUGAAAUACAACAGUUUUUAAGUAUUCCAAUCAAUUCGUUUGAUAAUGCUAUGGCAACAGAUAAAUAUUUGGUAUUGAGUGACGAAAAUGUCGUUUCCAAUAUGAUUCAAAUUGAAGGGAAGUUCACAAAUCCUCAUCACUUUCUUAAUCUUCUUGACAAGCGGAUUAAGUUUAGAAAUAAGAUUAAAUCUCUUUAUACUGAAAUUCAGUCACAAAUUGAUCAAAAAGAUACAAAAGACGUCAAUUACGAUGAAUUGCAGAAGCAGCGUGACGAGAAUUGCGAAAAAAUCUCUUCAAUGUUUGAUGAAAUCUCUAGACUUAAUGUCUCAAUCAAAUCUAAUUUAAAGAAUAUUAACAGGCUGUACAGCUUUGCACUUGAAAAUCCUUUAAAGAAGUUUGUUCCAAAAAGCAAGAAAUUCGAUGGAAAAUCAUAUGAAUCGUAUGAGAAGGAAUAUAUGCUGUACUACAAAAUGGUAAAGAAGUGAUAUAUUUAUGCCGUAAGUUCAUGUCUAGCGCGGUUUUAAAAGAUAAAUUUUUUUAAUCUUAAGGAUUUACUUUAUUAACCCUCAGAUUUAAUUUUUAAUCCUGCCAUUUAAUUUUUUUUUCACUAGCAUUUAAUCCUAAUUAAUCUCGCUAAAAUUUAGACUUGUUGCUAGUGCUGUCAUAGAAACGUAAAAUUAAAGUUUGAUCAAUAAAAGUGGAACCAAACCUUUUUAAAACGGAGCGAAUCUAAAGAAAAGUUUCAGUUAAUUUCGCAAUAAGGCAGUAAAGAUGGGAAGAAAGAAAAGUUGCCGUGAACUUAUUGAUAAUGCAUAGUCCAGUUGACACAAUAAACACAAAAUUAUAAAGAAGUACAAUAAUGAAGUUUCCCAGCCACUGAAUCUCUCCAUAAUCUCCAA